UAGCUUUUAUUCUUUUCUCUCAUCAUUUCCUUGGAAUGCCAAACGUUAGUGGUCUACUUGGAAAAAAAAAAAAAAAAAAACAUUUCACGCACCUAACAGUAGUUGCUGCAGAUAUUAAUGCCAGUCUUGCUUCACAGUACCACAGCAACAACCCCCUCCCUUUCUUCGCUGUUGUAUGUUUCAGAAAAAAUUAAAUUUCCUUUUAGAAUUUACAUUAUUGUUUAUCGCAAAGGCUUAUUUUUAAUUAUCACUUGCAACAUAGAUAUUAUUGUACUUUUGAUUCUAGUAGGUGAAUGACCAAUGUGUAUAUUUAUAGAAAUACGCAGUCUUUCGCGUCAUUGACGAAUUUUACGUGGGAAGAUUUCGCUCUAGCUAACCAUUUUGGUACACACUGAAGCUGUUUAGUGUUAAUCUUCGAUAAGCAUAUUGUUAAGGUACCUGUUUCUGAUCAUAAAAUUUUAUAGAAUGGUUACUAGUCUCCAAACAGGAGAGAACGGCCAGCCGUUCAGUAGUUAUCUUAACGGUCCACCACGGAAUCACUUACGUAGUAGUAUGAAAGCUGUUCGCAGCCAAACCAUCGAUUUAGGUGAAGAAAGUAGAUAUUUUGAUGAUGAAGAUGAUGAUAACGAAUCGGAUGUCUCAAAUAAUUUGUGUCAGGCAGCAGGCAGUAGUUACCGACCUACAAGCUCGAACUCAUGUGAAGCUCUUAAACAUGCCGUUUCUGCUCUCACUCGUCUUGAUGACUUCAUUUGUGAAAAAAUUGGAAGAGGCUUCUUUUCAGAAGUUUACAAGGUGGCUCAUAGAACAACUGGUAAGGUGAUGGUGUUGAAAAUGAACACCUGUUCAAGCAAUCGUCCAAAUAUGUUGAGGGAAGUACAGCUGAUGAAUAGACUUUCUCAUCCUAACAUACUCCGGUUUAUGGGUGUGUGUGUUCACGAGGGUCAGCUCCAUGCUUUAACAGAGUACAUUAAUGGAGGAGCUCUAUACCAAGUGUUGGCAAACAAAGAAAUAGAACUACCAUGGAAAACACGUAUAGAUUUGGCGCUGGACAUUUCUAAUGGCAUGCGUUAUUUUCACACGAGAGGGGUUUUCCACCGAGAUUUAACAUCAAAGAAUAUUCUUAUUAAGAUUGAUGAUGAUGAUGUCUACACUGCUAUAGUUGCUGAUUUUGGCUUGGCUGCCAAAAUACCUGAUCCUUUAGAAGAUAUUCAUCUGUCUAUUGUUGGCUCUCCAUAUUGGAUGGCUCCAGAAGUUUUAAAAGGCAAAAAGUAUGAUGAAAAGGCUGAUAUUUUUUCAUUUGGAAUAAUCCUUUGUGAAAUAACAGCCAGAAUAGAUGCAGAUCCUGAUAUUUUACCAAGGACUGAGAACUUUGGUCUAGAUUACAUUGCAUUCAGUGAAAUGGUUGAAUAUUGUCCAUUAGAUUUCUUACACUUGGCAUUCAGAUGUUGUCAGAUUGAUCCUCUGAAACGACCAACAUUUGCUAACAACGUAGAAUGUUUGCUGCAGAUGCGACAUUUUCUAAAUAAUCCUGGGAAUCCUGGAAAAGAUAACAAAAAUUCUAAAACAUCUUGCAAGAGAUCUCGAUCAGAAGACAAUAUCUUAGAUUCUUGCAAUUGGUCUUCAAUGGAUGAUGAUCCUACAAUGACUGCUAAAGUCAUUGGUCAAACUAUGAGUGAAGCUGAUCCAUUUUACAUCCCUGCUCGUUCAAACCCAUUUACUAUGUUAAACAAAUUUUGUGAUGGUAAGAAAGUUCUAGGAGUUCACAGAGACAUGAAUUUAUCAUUUGACCUGCCAUCACCAUCUUCACCGUUCACACCUCCCUGUACACCAAUAACUCCAGACUGUUAUCCUCGCAACAAACGUCCAUUAGCAAGACGCAAGUGUCAGUCAUUGCCUGGAUCUCCAGUGCUUCUUCGUCAGGCCGCAGAACGUUUUCAUCAAGAGUCCAUACAUGGAAGCACAUCUCAACAACGUAACAUUGACUUUCCUUUAGACAUUUUAUCCAAUCUGGGUGAGUUUUUUUGUAAUACACAUAUGAAUCGCUUUACUGCCAACAAAGAUGUACAGGUCUCAGAUCAUUCUAUAAAAGAGAACAAUGCCAAAUCUAAUAAUCCAACAGAAAGUCCACAGAGCAGGGUUGCAUCGCGAAGAAAAGCUUUCCGGUCAAAGCAACACAGUGUUGAGAGUUCAUUGCUUUUUACUAGUUUGUGUAAUGAAAAAACUGCACCAGCAACUGUAUCGCUCGAUAGAGCAGAUCAUAAAUCCUCACUUUAUUCUCCUGACAGUUUUGAAGAUAUCAGUCCAUUUCUUUCUCCAGAAGAUUCCUUUGACACAUGUAUUUCUCCUUCAGACUCCUUUUCUAAUUUGACUGAAUCAAAGACAAGUGAUACGUCACCUCUUUGCCGUCAUGAGUAUCUGUAUAAUACUAGCCAAAGUAGCACAGAAUCAACAAGUUCUGUUAUAACAUUAAAAGAAAACACUUCCUACAGAGCCAUGAAUGUUACAACACCUGGUAAAUAGCACCAAGGUCUAUUUUCAGUUUUUGUUUCUGUUAUUGUUGCCAUUGUUAACAAAACACAAAGUUAGCAGGGGCUAUUUUUCUUUUCCUUUAUAAAAUAUAUUUAAAUUAAUAACUGUUAAAAUCUGAAGAAAUAUUUGAAAUAAUAAUUAUGGUUGAGAUUACAAUUAUUGCCAUCAUUAUUAUUAUUAUUCUAAGAAGUCAUUUUUUUACUUCAUUAUUUUACUACUUGUUAUAUUUUUUAAAAAUCUCUUUUUUGGUUUAAAAUAUAUUAUGACGUUUCUUGUUAUAAAAUAUCAUGUUAAAAAAAAUUAUAUAUAUAUAUAUAUAUUGGUGAAUUUUGGCCAUGUCAUGAAUAAACUUCUCAUUAGCUGUAUAGAUAGCGGCACUUAGAUAUUUUGAUUAAAUUCUCUUUGGUCUUUUUACACUAAUAACUUGAGGUAUCUACUCAAAGUUUCAACAGAAUAAUAAACGAAAUUCUAUUGUUUUAUUACCAUAAUACAAAUAGUAUUCUGAAUAUAAAGCAGAUAAAUUUUUAAAUUAUUUUUUACCUUUUUAUUUUAUUUUGGAUGUUUUGGAAUAUCAAACACUGUAAUUGUAUUAUUUAAAUUCUACAAAGUGAUUUUAUGUAGGAAUUGCUUAGAAUUACAAUAAAGGCAGUUUAUUGAAUAAUUAAGAACAAUUUCUACUGUU